UCCCCUGGCAGGUGCGGGGCGCACGCCGACCAUGCCUCGCUCCUUCCUGGUGAAGAGCAAGAAGGCUCACACCUACCACCAGCCCCGCGUCCAGGACGAUGAACCAUUCUGGCCUCCGGUCCUGAGCCCGGUGGCCAGCGACCAGGUCCCGAGCAGCCACCCUGUCCUCGGCACCCUGCUCCCGGGCCCGCGCCUGGACUGGCCUGACCUCAAACGGGAGCCGGCGCUGGAGCUGGACCAGAGCUGGACCAGGAUGGCCUCGGCACCAGGGGGUCCUGCUGGGACGUCCCAACCCCGGGACAGGGACUCGCCAGCCUCCAACUCCCCCCCACUCUACAAGCCCAGCUUCUGCUGGGACGCCCUGGCCUCGGCCUACAGCCACAGCUACCGGCAGGCCCCCUCCACCAUGCAGUCCGCCUUCCUGGAGCGCUCCGUCAGCCUGUACGGCAGCCCCCUGGUGCCCAGCGCCGAGCCGCCCUUGGACUUCAGCCUCCGCUACUCGCCGGGCCUGGACGCGUACCACUGCGUCAAGUGCAGCAAGGUCUUCUCCACCCCGCACGGGCUUGAGGUGCACGCCCGUCGCUCCCACAGCGGGACCCGGCCCUUCGCCUGUGACGUCUGCGGCAAGACCUUCGGCCACGUGGUCAGCCUGGAGCAGCACACGCACAUCCACUCGCAGGAGCGCAGCUUCGAGUGCCAGAUGUGCGGCAAAGCCUUCAAGCGCUCGUCCACCCUGUCCACCCACCUGCUCAUCCACUCGGACACGCGGCCCUACCCCUGCCAGUUCUGUGGCAAGCGCUUCCACCAGAAGUCGGACAUGAAGAAGCACACCUACAUCCACACGGGUGAGAAGCCACACAAGUGCCAGGUGUGCGGAAAGGCCUUCAGCCAGAGCUCCAACCUCAUCACCCACAGCCGGAAGCACACGGGCUUCAAGCCCUUCAGCUGCGAGCUCUGCGCCAAGGGCUUCCAGCGCAAGGUGGACCUGCGGCGGCACCGUGAGAGCCAGCACAACCUCAAGUGAGGCUGUGCCCCUCCCAGCCCCGACCAGCCUGUUCUGCCGUCCUGUCACCCGGAGGGAGGCCAGCCUCGUGCGCCCAGAUCCCCCGUCUCCCGGGGGCAACACUGGAUGGGAGUCUUGCAGCUUGUUUUGAGACUCAGGAAACUGCUGUGUGACUUUGGGCAAAUCGCUUUCCCUCUCUGGUCCCAUAGUUCUGCUGUAAAGUGUGGGAGCUGGGUUGGGUCUUUUCUGAGCUGAAGGUAUAAUAACUUGGGUGCCUUCCCCAGGGCAGAGCCCAGGCCAGAGCAGCCCCACGUGGACCUCGAUGCCACAAUCAGACCAGACCCGCAGAGCCGGGACCCACAGAGAAAUCCUCCCGGUGCCUUCUGCCCACAGCGCUGGGAUCCGGUCCCCUGGGUCUUUAGGGGGCCUCUUUCAGGCGGCCAGAUGGUCAGGGCCACCUCCUGCCCCGGUGGGAUGCCCAGCACCCCUCUGCUUCAGCCAGACCUGCUGGCUACCCCCCACUUCUGACCGGCACUCAGCUGGGCUCUGAUCUGCCCUCAGACCCCCAGGCUGGAGAAACCAGCAGUUAUUGCUGUCAAAAGCCUGUUCCCCUCAA